AAUGGUAAUAUAAANUUGUGAAGAGUUUAUAGUAUUUUUAUUAGCUCUUAUUACAACUGCAUUCUCAUAGGGAAUUUACAUUUUACAAUUCUUUUAUUUAAUAGGUGUCAGAGUAGUUUAAAAUUAGAAAACUGCAAAAUUACUAUCAAGUAAAUUUAUUAAUGAUUUCUAUGCUAUCAGUUUUCUUGGUAGAAAUGCAGCACUUUCAACACUUUUAGAUUCUUCUGCUCCUUUUAAUGUUAUUAUUAUACCUAAUACAAGAAUAGGAAGAUAUAUAUUCCCACAUCAUGCUGGAAAAGCAAUGAGCAAUUUAGUUAAAUCCUAUUUCUUUUAAUUUUUAUGUGAGGAUUUACCUUAAACUCUACUACAAAUGUAUUUUGUUGUUAGUCAAGCCAUUAAAAGAUCCAAAGAGCUAUAAGUCUAAGUUUAUAUUUCUAUUUGUACAGCAAUCCUAACAGCUUUAUUAUCCUUUUAUAAGUAAAUUCUAUUUAUUAUAUAUUAGAUUUUUAUCUAUUAGGCCUACCAAUUUAUUACAAGAUAAUUUUGAUGAAUUGUCAUCAAGGCUAUCUAAAGGUUAUAAUUAGUAAAUAUAAACUUGCCUAAAGUAGGAGAAUGAUCAAAUUAAAACUUAUAUUGAUUUAUACAACUCUCCUGAUUAUGAAGUUGUCCACGUUGAAUAAUCAUAAGAAGAAAGACAAUCAUUGUUAAAUUGA